AUGUUCUCUAUGAAUUCAGUUAUGGAUCGGUAUCCACCUUUUGAGCGGUCGCUGGAUGAACCUGUUUGGGGACGAGGAAGCUAUGAAGUUCAUCGUCCUACUGUUCCUCUGCAGUCGGGUAGUAUGAUGCCUCCUUAUCCACCUCCUCAACAUACUACAUUGGUACAUUCAUCAGCGAAACCUCCGACUGAAUCUGAUAUUUACCGAGUUGGUAUAUACGGCUGGCGAAAACGAUGCUUGUAUUGUUUCAUAUGUGUACUUACCGUGGUUGUUGUAUUAAAUUUAGCACUUACCGUUUGGAUUAUGACCAUAUUGGAUCUUUCAUCGGAAGGCAUGGGAGCAUUGAAAAUAGAAGAUGACCGGAUACGUGUGAGUGGAGAAGCUCAAUUCGAUCGACCUGUUCAUUUUACGGAGUUGUCAACUGCCGAGGGGGAGGCUCUUACGAUAGACUCAUCACGUGGUGUCUUUAUAAAGGCACGCAAUAUGAGUGGUCACCAAACAGCCAUGCUUAAUAUGUUCCAAGAUGGACGAACUGAGGCCGUAUGUGAUCGAUUUGAAAUCUUUGAUAAUGCACGAAAAUUGUUGUUUUUCGCUGACUCUAACGAAGUUGGUCUUAAGCUCGAAAACUUGCGGAUACUCGAUGAUGGCGGAAGCGUAUUCGAAGGUGCCAUUCAAACGGCAUUUAUUAGACCUGAACCUGACACACCACUCAGUUUGGAAUCGCCGACUCGAAAUCUAAAUUUGGAUGCUAGUCAAGAUAUCGAAAUAAUGAGUGCUGCUGGUGAAAUACAAAUGUCUUCUUUGCUUGACAUUAACCUCAACUCGAAGCAGGGUGAAAUCCGCCUGGAAUCAGGGAACGUGUUUAUUUCGGGUUUAUUGAAAAGUGAAGGUAGAGGUCAUUCACAAUACCAGUUGUGCAUUUGUCAAAAUGGACGUCUAUUUAUGGCAAGUCAAGGAGCCGACUGCCGUGCUGAUCGUCAUGUUUGCGAAUAG